UUGUUCCCGACUGCAGUCGUAACGCCAGCCGCAGCUAUAUUACAUAGGAAAGCCCCGCAUCGCAGCCACACGGUGACUCGACAGUAUAGCCCGAGGCCAUCCUGCUCGCCGCGACUCCUUCCAUUUAUUCCUGCUUAUCGACAAUCUUUCCAGUCGCUGGCAUCUGAACACGACCGGAGAGGAGCGGGUUUGCAUUGGAAAGGGCCCGGGAAGGAUUAUUGAUGUCCAGCUCGCCGCCGUCCAAGAAACGUCGCUUGUCAGGAACAGAGACGAAGACGGGAUCCAAUUGCUCCUCCUCAAACUCUGUCAGAACUGAUCUGUCCCACACACCUGCCAACGGCAUGGCUAAGAAUGGCAAUGAUGCUGAGAUUGAUGAAGGCCUGUACUCCAGACAACUCUAUGUGUUGGGCCAUGCUGCAAUGAAGCGCAUGCAGAAUUCCAAUGUCCUCAUCUCUGGUAUGAGAGGACUUGGAGUGGAGAUUGCCAAGAAUGUCAUCCUGGGGGGCGUUCGUAGUGUCACUGUACACGACCAAGGCAUUGCAGAAUGGAGAGACCUGUCCUCUCAGUUUUAUAUUCGAGAGGAAGAUCUGGGGAAGAACCGAGCGGAAGUCAGUCAGCCCCGCCUGGCUGAGCUCAACAACUACGUCCCUGUGGCAGCAUAUACCAGUACUCUCACAGACGACUUCUUGACGAAGUUCCAGGUGGUAGUGUUGACCAACUCCACUCUAGAUGAGCAGCAGCAAGUGGGAGAAUUCUGCCACAGUAAAGGCAUCAAGUUCAUCAUUGCAGACACCCGUGGCCUGUUCGGCCAGCUGUUUUGUGACUUUGGUGAGGAGAUGAUUGUGCAUGACACUAAUGGGGAACAGCCCCUGAGUGCCAUGAUUUCCAUGAUCACAAAGGACAAUAAAGGUGUUGUGACUUGCCUGGAUGAGGCCCGUCAUGGGUUUGAGAGUGGAAACUUUGUCACCUUCUCAGAAAUUCAGGGGAUGACAGAACUCAAUGGCUGCCAGCCGGUGGAAAUCAAAGUUCUUGGUCCCUACACCUUCAGUAUUUGUGACACAACAGGAUUUACAGACUAUAUAAGAGGAGGAAUUGUUUCCCAGGUCAAGGUGCCCAAGAAAUUCACCUUUAAAUCAUUGUCCUCCUCCAUGGCUAAGCCAGAAUUCAUAAUGACAGACUUUGCCAAGCUUGAGCGUCCGGCACAAUUGCAUGUGGGCUUUCAGGCCAUCCACGCCUUCCAGAAAAAAAACAACCGUCUCCCUACACCGUGGAACCAGGCUGAUGGUGAAGAACUAUUGUCAAUGGCCAGGGAGUUGAACUCUGCUCAGACUGAAUCAGCCCAAGUAGAGCAGCUUGAUGAGGCUCUCAUCAAAAAGAUAGCAUUUGUUGCUGCUGGCGAUUUGGCCCCUGUCAACGCCUUCAUUGGUGGUCUGGCAGCACAGGAAGUCAUGAAGGCAUGCACCGGAAAGUUUAUGCCCAUAAUGCAGUGGUUGUACUUUGAUGCAUUAGAGUGCCUGCCUGAAGAGGAGGGAGUUGUACUCACAGAAGAAGAGUGUGCCCCUAGGAACAGUCGCUACGAUGGACAGAUUGCUGUAUUUGGCACAAAACUGCAAGAGCUUCUUGCCAAGCAACGCUACUUCCUGGUUGGAGCUGGUGCCAUUGGCUGUGAGCUUUUGAAAAACUUUGCCAUGAUUGGUUUGGCUAGUGGGGAUGGUGAGAUCAUUGUGACAGAUAUGGACACUAUCGAGAAGUCCAACCUCAACAGACAGUUCCUCUUCAGACAAUCCGAUGUUACGAAAAUGAAAAGUGACACAGCUGCAGCAGCAGUGAAACAGAUGAACCCCUCCAUCAAGAUCACUGGUCACCAGAAUAAGGUGGACGCAGAGACAGAGAGGAUUUAUGACGAUGACUUCUUCGAAAGCCUUGAUGGCGUAGCCAAUGCACUGGACAAUGUUGAUGCACGUUUGUACAUGGAUCGUAGGUGUGUGUACUACCGUAAACCUUUACUGGAGUCUGGUACUCUGGGUACCAAAGGCAAUGUCCAGGUCGUGAUCCCCUUCCUUACAGAGUCUUACAGCUCUAGCCAGGAUCCACCUGAGAAGUCUAUCCCCAUCUGUACCCUCAAAAAUUUCCCAAAUGCCAUUGAACACACACUGCAAUGGGCCCGUGAUGAGUUUGAGGGACUUUUCAAACAGCCACCAGAGAAUGCCAAGCAGUACCUCAAAGAUCCCAAGUUCAUGGAGCGCACCCUGAAACUUACUGGUGGUCAGUCUGCCGAAUUGCUAGAGGCUGUUUACAAGACCCUCGUCACAGACUGUCCCCACAGUUGGGUCGACUGUGUAACUUGGGCACGUAACCAUUGGCAGUGCCAGUAUAACAACAACAUCCGCCAGCUAUUGCACAAUUUCCCCCGUGAUCAGCUAACCAGCUCUGGCGCCCCCUUUUGGUCUGUUCCAAAGAGGUGUCCUCACGCCAUAGAAUUUAGUACAAGCAAUGACCUGCACAUAGACUAUGUAUUUGCUGCAGCCAACCUCUUUGCUCAGUCUUAUGGCAUUGAAGGAAACGCCGAUCGUGCAGCAGUCGUCAAGAUCUUACAAGAGAUCCAGGUGCCUCCCUUUACACCACGUUCAGGUGUGAGAAUCCACGUCUCUGAUCAGGAGCUGCAAAAUAGCAAUUCCUCUGUUGAUGAUUCCAGAUUGGAGGAGCUGAAAGUUCUGCUGCCUCCUCCCGAGUCAGCCCAGUUCGAACUCUGCCCUAUUGAAUUUGAAAAGGAUGAUGACACCAACUUCCACAUGGACUUCAUAGUAGCAGCAUCUAACUUGAGAGCAGAGAACUAUGACAUCCCCCCAACUGACAGACACAAUAGCAAACUCAUAGCUGGUAAGAUCAUCCCAGCCAUUGCCACUACCACAGCUGCAGUUGUGGGUCUGGUGUGCCUUGAGCUCAUCAAGAUAGUCCAAGGACAUAAGAAGCUGGAGUCAUUCAAGAACGGCUUUAUGAAUCUCUCCCUGCCGUUUUUUGCCUUCUCCGAGCCCAUUGCUGCUCGCAGGCAUAAGUACUAUGAAAUCGAAUGGACGUUAUGGGAUCGUUUUGAGAUCACGGGGCUGCAGCCCAAUGGAGAGGAAAUGACACUGCAGCAAUUUCUGUCAUACUUCAGAAAUGAGCAUAGGUUGGAUAUCACCAUGCUUUCUCAGGGAGUGUCCAUGCUCUACUCAUUCUUCAUGCCACCCCCCAAACUCCGAGAGAGACUUGACCUGCCGAUGACUGAGAUCGUGACCAAGGUGUCUAAGAAGAAGCUGGGCAAGCAUGUCAAAGCUCUGGUGUUUGAGUUGUGCUGCAAUGACCUGACGGAUGAAGAUGUAGAAGUGCCAUACGUCAGAUAUACUAUCCGCUGAGCUCCACACUGAAUCCGCCUGCAAGAUAACUUGAUGCUGGAGGAAUAGGGGAUGCUUGUAAAUGAUGGGUUAGCGUUAUUUGGAGGGAAGGGGAAUAUGGGUUCAGGUCUUUACUGGAUCAAGCUUAUUGUUUGUUGUUUUGUUUUUCAAGGCCUGUGGUUUGUGUUAACCUGUGCCUCUGUACAUAGCCUCCAUUGAGCUGACUUGCUGAUAGCUGUCCGUGAGCAAUCCAGUUGUGCUCUUUUCGUCGAACAGAGCUCUUGCAGGAGGCGGGAACCUGAACGUGUACUGGACCUUCUGAUAUUUUGAAAAACCUCCAUGUUCUGUUUUAAUUCUAAGUCUUAGUGGUGUGUUACUGAACAGCCUAUCCAAUGUUCGUUUUAGGUAUCCUCACAAACUUGGGCGCACACUUGUGCUCCAAUCCUCGCCUGACACCUCACGUGACUGUUUCCUUUUUACAUGCAACAUAGAAAAUGUUUGACAAUAAUAAAGCAACAUGUAAGUACAAAUUUCAUCCUGUGACUGUUCAAAUUCCCUACUUCUACAAACACCGCCAGUUUUAAAUGGUUUUGCUGGAUGACCAAUUGCACCUCAACUGCCCCCCCAGCACUAAAGUUAACUUCUGUCUGGUUGAAUUGGUUACUGUGAUUUUCAGGCUCCUUUACUCAGUCGGCACUCUUGGCUUAAUGGAGAAGGCUCUUGCACAUGACAUCUGUUUUCAUGCAUUUAUGUCUUGUUUUUUGUAUUUUAUUUUUGAGGCCUCAUUCGAUGUUCGGCUCUCAACGUGUCUUUACCUUGUAAACUCAAUGACACCAGAGUGUAAGAGCAAGGUCAUAUGUAUCUUGAUAUGGGAGCACUUAGCUUGAUAGUUAAUAAAUGCUAAAUCGUGAA